AUGGACAAAUGUAGCUUAUUUCAGAUAAAUGAUAUGACAAUUCUUUUUUAUCUGGUCAUCACAUUUCAAACAGUAACCUCACAGUGCAGUACUCCUUUGCAACUGUCAGCCCAUCACGGAACCGCCCCAACCAUCAGCUCCCCGAACUAUCCUUAUAACUAUCCAAGCUCAAGCAACUGUCAGUGGUUGAUACAAGCAGAAACUUCAUCUUCUACCGUGGGACUUGUAUUUAACGUUAUCAACACAGAGUCUUUCUUCGAUAAAAUACGUAUCUAUGAUGGUAAUUCUCCGAGUGGAACCCUCUUGGUAACAUUAUUUGGAGAAAAAUCUAACAGCUACUAUGAAAGCACAGGGGAAUACAUGUAUAUUGUUUUCACGUCGGACAUGGGCAUCGAAAAGGCAGGAUUUACUUUGCAGUACUUCAGUCUUUAUCCCACAAUCUUUGGACAGAGACAACUCAUGCCCUGUUAUUCCCAGAGUGCCCAGCACUCCAUAACGGUGACCACCACCUUAAGUCUACAGCAGUCAUUAUCGACAUUUCCAGACUUCUACUCAGGCAAUGACUUCUGCUACUGGAAGAUAGACGCGGGAACUGGAAAUUAUUUAAACAUAAGUAUCCUGAUCACUGAUGAUGCGUACGGGUCAGAUCCCGGAGGACUCACUGUGUAUGACGGUAACUCUAAUGCGGCAUCCAUUCUGGGGACAGUAUCAGAUAAGUCUCAGACAGAGUCUGGCUCCGUUGUCCUUGGAACCAGUCAACAGUAUGCCUAUUUUGUAUACUAUCGACGAAGUGUUAACUUGUACAGAGGGUUCUUACUCAGCUUCAACCGAGUAGGGACUCCACCAGCGCCAGCCACGGUCCCCACUAUAGGGCCCCCGGUUGUGGACACCUGUGGCAAUACAUCGCUGAUCGCAGAAAAUGUGACCAAUCACAUCACUUCCCCCAACUAUCCAUUCGACUACAACAGUGGUUCAUCCUGUGUAUGGAUCAUUCGAACUGCAAAUGAGAGUAUGAUCAUCCAGCUAACUUUUGAAGCCAUUGACCUAGAAAGUUGCUGCGAUUUUCUUUACAUAUAUGAUGGUGACACCACAGACUACACCCUGCUUGGUACAAUUACUGGCAACUACUAUAAUUCAUCGGGACUUCCGGUAUAUCUUACUACCGGAAGAGCAGUCAGACUUCAUUUUGUUAGCGAUGAGAGGACACAACAAACUGGAUUCAAAAUCGGCUAUCAAUCCAUUACUUCCGAGAUACCAUCUUGUGUAAAUCAGAGUGUGACUACUGUGCUGACCGCUUCGUAUCAAGUACAAACGUUCGAAUCCCAUCCUGAAUUUUCGAACUCGCAAAAUUAUAACAACUCCCAUGAUGUAUAUUGGUUGAUAACAAAACCAAAGGAGUCUGAUAUUCUCUCCGUGAAGUUUUUGAGCUUUGGAUUGGAACAUUCUGAGGAAUGUAUCUUUGACAACGUAACAAUUUAUAAAGGAGCAUGCCUUUCCAAUCCUUUAGCCAAGACCCUGUGUGGAGACCUUACUGAAAAUUCUACUUCCUAUACGUACUCGACAGGGAAGUUUCUAUUGAUGCGUUUUAAAACAGAUGCCUCUGUCACAGAUAAGGGGUUCUCCGUAUCCUAUGUCAUUGUCAACUCGACAUCAUCAUCAGACAAUGAAUCCUCGUCUGGACUGCCUGACUAUGUCCGCUAUACGAUCGCGGGUGUCUUCACGGCGGCUUUAUUAAUUGGCGCUUUAUGUUUCUGUGUGUGCUGUUGUAGGAAACUCUGUCCGAAAACCGCCAGCUUAAGAAUGGCGGCAAAGUCUGAAAUGAAGAGAAAUUUAAUCCUCGUUAACACUAAUAAGCCAAAGAAAAUCAAAGUACCCAUAAAACAGAAGAAAAAGUCUAAAUACGGUGAUAACAAGGUCUCCGCGGAACCCCCGAAAUUCCCUUUAGCUGGGCCUGGUAUCAACCCUGUUGCACCUCCUUUUCCUUUAGAUUUAAAAGAAGUAAAGACUGGAGAAAAGUCGACCGAUAUUCCAAACCGACUCCCACCAAGAAAAGAAAAGAAAAUAAAAGAACCGAAACCAAAAAGUUCGGAUGGCACUCAAAAGGACAAAAACGAUAUCCAUGGUAAUGACCUCGUAACUACGACUCCAUUUGAUCCUAAUGCACCUAUUGACUUUUCUGCUAUUCCCCCUCCUUUUGACUACAAGGACCCUUGGCAGCUUGCAAAGGACUGA